GCGGGGUCAGAAGAGCUUAGCUCACACCACGCCUCACCUCACCGCGCCUCCUGUCUGCUGCCUGCUGCAGCCAGCCAGGCACCGUCCGUGUCGUCUCGUGCACCCACGGCUGUACCCAGCCAGCACACUGCCAGGAGCCAGGGAGGGUGGAGGUGGUGCCGUGCACAGCUGACGUCCAUCACGACCAGCCUCGGAUGGGCUAGAGGUCAACUCGGUUCACGGUAGAGAGCGGCCACACGGGAGCAGCCCCGGGAUCAAGGUCUUGACCAGGCCAGACUCGUCUCGUGGCCAUCGCCCGGCUCACUCAGCGAACGGGACCGGCGUCAGCACCACAAGCGGCGGCGUCACGUGGAGACUCAAGUCCCGGGAUGAUCUCGUGAUCAGCACCGGAAUCGGAUCUUGACACUGACGCGGCCGAGCGGGAUCAGCUCGCGGCCGAGCGGGAUCAGCUCGGGGCCGAGCGGGCGAGCAGCCGGGCACAGGGAGAAGAGGCGGAGAGGGGAGCGGAGGAGAAGGAGGAGGGGGGAAGUCGCGGCCCGGUCAUGCCGCUGCUGCCGCUACCGCCGCCGCUGCCAUUGCUGCUGCCGCUGCUGCUGCUGCUUCUCUGCGGGGUCGGGCGCUGCUCCAGCGCACGCUUCGCCGUCUACUGGAACAGCAGCAACCACAGGUUACUUACGGGGGAUUACACGCUCACCGUGCACAUCGACGACUACAUGGACGUCUACUGCCCGCAUUCUACAGCCCCCGAACUGGAGGGCCCUGAAUCGGGGGGCUCUUUGGCGGGGGGCUCCACGCCACCGCCGCCCCCCCCGGCGGAGCGGCCCGUGCUGCACAUGGUGGACGCCGCGGGGUUUGCGCGCUGCGAGCACUCGAGGGGGUCCGUGCGGUGGCGCUGUGGGAGGCCUCUCCAGCGGGGCCCCCACCACCGGGACCACGGGGCGCCCCUGAGGUUCGCCGAGAAGUUCCAGCGGUUCACGCCGUUCUCGCUGGGCUUCGAGUUCGCGCCCGGGCAGGACUACUACUACAUCUCCACUCCACUGCUCAAGGGUGACUCCCGCUGCUAUCGCCUCAAAGUCCACGUUUGCUGCGGUCCAGGCGACACUACGGCUAAUCCCACACGCUCGCAUCGCACGGCGAGCGAAGGUCCCGCACAAGCAGCUGAGGCGUAG